AUGUACACCUCUGUCUUCACCUCUCUCCUCAUGGCCGUCGCCGUCUGGGCUCAGGACGGUCCUCGCAUUGAGACCCCGGCCUCGGUUGUCCAGUGCCAGCCCGCUCGUCUCAUGUGGAGCGGUGGCUCGCCCCCUUACUGGAUCACGGUUAUCCCCGCCGGCCAGGCUGGGGCCGCUCCCAUCAUGACGCUCAAGGACAGCACAACCGACACCUCGAUGACCUGGAACGUCAACCUCGCCCCCAACACUCAGGUUUCGCUCCAGAUCCGUGACGGCUCGGGCAAUGUCCAAUUCUCGUCGCCCAUCACCGUCCAGGCUGGCUCGGACACUGCCUGCAUGAGCGCCUCCGCCACGGGCACCGACUCUGCUGGUGCCGAGGCCGGUGCGUCCGGCGCACCCACCAACUCUGGCUCGGCUCCGGCUGCCUCUGGUUCGACUCCCGCAGCGGGUGACUCGGCCUCGGCCUCGGCUCCGGCGGCUUCGGCUUCUACCCCUGCGGCUUCCGCCUCGGCUCCAGCCGCCAGCCCCAGCUCCGCUGCUAAGCCGACGUCGUCUGCCGCCGUCCCGUCGGGGUCGGCUUCGCAAUCCGGCUCGGCUGCGGCUAGUGCCUCGACCCCCCCGGCGGCGACUACCUCGCAGUCCAACGCGGAUGCGUUGGCCGCCAAUGUCCCCAUCAUUGGUGCCGCCGCUGUCGCGGCCGCCAUCAUGGCCUACGUCUAA